AUGUUUGUCCGCCGAACGCUGGUUUCAACUACAAAGAGGUGGGCUGCAACAGCUAACGUGAGUUUUUUUUUCGGAAUGGAGUUUCUUCAUGUUAUAAAAAGUGUUGUUCUUUCUGCUUUUAUCAAUUAUUUGUAUGAUAAGGUCUUAUUUGUUAGCUGCAGCACCGCAAAGACUAAUUGGUGUGACUUUACUAGUUUUGUGUUGGUUUCAGAUGGCAUCCAAAGAUUCGAAGAUUCUUCCACCUGCUCAGCUUACUCAACCUCCGAACAUUCCAUUGAAGAAACUGUUUGGCCCGGGUCCCAGCAACGUUAGAAAACAAGUCGGUGAUGCCCAAACUCAGCCAAUGCUUGGUCAUCUCCACACUGAAUUCUUGAAGGUUAUGGACGAUGUCAGAGAAGGUGUGAAGUAUGUCUUCCAGACCAGAAAUGCCCUAACUUUUGUGGUCAGUGGUACUGGUCAUGCUGGAAUGGAAUGCGCCAUCUUGAAUUGUUUGGAAGCAGGAGAGCGAUUGCUAGUCGUACGAAAUGGUCUUUGGGGAGAAAGGGCGGCCAACCUUGGUAAACGGCUCAAUCUGAAUGUCUCCGUUUUAAAUGUUGCGGAUGGAGAAGUUGCUAGUCUGAACGAAUUCAGAAAAGUAAGUUUUUUUUUUAUUUGGUACAAUUUUCUUAGGCUGUGCAAGACUUCAAGCCUCAUGCGGUGUUUAUCUGCCAGGGUGAGAGCAGCACUGGUGUCCUUCAUCCUCUUGAGGGCUUUGGUCCGGUGUGUCAUGAGAAUGGAGCUCUUUUGAUUGUAGACACCGUUGCCUCUUUAGGUGCUACUCCAUUUGAUGCUGAUUUACUAGAGGUUGAUUGUGUUUAUUCAGCUACUCAGAAAGUGCUGAACGCCCCUCCUGGACUAUCCCCAAUUUCCUUUUCGGACAGGGCCGUGUAAGUUAAUUCUAUUCUUUAGGGCGAGUGGGGUUAAUUUAUAAUUAACCCCUUGCCUUAAUCUUUCAUUUGAAGUUUUUUAGGUAUUAAGCUAAGAUUUUUUUAGCGAGAAACUGAAGAGUAGAAAGACCCAGGUGGCAUCCUUUUAUCUAGAUGCUCUGGAGAUUGGAAACUAUUGGGGAUGUUUCAAUGAGCCAAGAAGAUACCACCAUACAGGCAUGGUGUCACUCGUUUAUUCUCUGAGGGAGGCACUUGCUGCCGUGGCUGUUGAAGGACUUGAUCAGUCUAUUGAAAGACAUCAGAAGAACGUAAAAAUCUUAUAUCGUCUUCUCAAUGAGAAUGGGUUCGAUUUGUUUGUAGAGAAACCAGUAAGUCCAGAUUUUUUUACAAUUACGUGUCUAGGAGAAUCGUUUGCCCUGCCUAACUACUGUCAAAGUUCCCCCAGGAGUCGAUUGGAAGGCCGUUCAGGACAACUUGAUGUCCCAGGGCUGGGAAAUUGCAGGCGGACUUGGAGCUACAGCCGGAAAAAUCUGGAGAAUUGGAACUUUUGGUAUCAAUUCAGAUGUCUCUCGCUUCGAACAGAUUCCAAAACUUUUGAAAGCCGCUGCGAAGUUGUAG